AACGACAGCAAAUUGUUCGCAAUGGCGAUGCCGUACAAACGAGAAACAAAGGGCGAAAGCCCCACUGCUGAUAGUGGCACGAAUACUCCAAACUUAUCGAACUUUGUGUACAUUUACGAUAUUCCGCGCAUGGAGAAAAAACGGCUAGCCGCACUGCUCGAGGUCAACAACAGGUGGUACGAUCUGGGUGAGAAACAGAUGGGUUAUAGUAGCGCAGAACUAGAUGGCACGCAAAGGUGCUGCCAGCGUAAUAACCGAUCCCCGGCGGAAGAUCUACUCGACAAAUGGGGCAAUUAUAAUCACACAAUCACGGAGCUGUUUGUGGUGCUGUCCCGGGAAAAGUUGUACACCUGCAUGGAGCUUAUCAAGCGCUACGUCGAACCGCGGUACCAUGUGCUGAUCAAACAUUCCAAUGGCACAGACGGCGCCAGGGGCGCGACAGAUGAUUUGGGUACUUUCUCCGAUGAGGACGCCAAUAACAACCCGAAAAUAGGGAACCGCGCUCGAGGCAAUGACAAAAAAGCCCCAAAGAAUCCUCCGAAAGGAACAGAAGCUGGUGGGGUUAAAAACGGACCAGACGACGCGGUUGCCGCCAGAAGGGACGCAAAUCCCACAAAUUCUAAGGAAAACUCCCCAUUCGCGAACGAACUGAUCGAUUCAUCCAGUUUGAUCCCGAAAAUUAGCUACGAUGAGCUGGCGGAUGCCACGGAUAACUGGAGCGAGCGGAACAUACUCGGGAAGGGUGGCUUCGGGACGGUCUACCGGGGAGUGUUCAAACACACGUACAUGGCGAUAAAGAAGAUUGAUUACAACAAAGUGAAGACGAGCGAAGCCGAACGAAUCCAGCUCCAACAGAGCAUCAACGAGCUGCGAUACCUCAAUUCUUGUCGCCAUGACAACAUCGUACCUCUGUUCGGGUACAGCAUAGACAAGGAACCCUGCCUGGUGUACCAGUUCAUGCCCGGUGGUUCGCUGGACAAGAGCUUAUUUGCACGUCGACCUGCCUCUCCGCUAACUUGGAAGGAGCGCAUGAACAUUGCACGAGGAACUGCAAAAGGUCUACAGUACCUGCAUACGUUCGGCGACAAACCGUUCAUCCACGGUGACAUCAAACCGGGCAACAUCCUGCUGAACGAGUUCAAGCAACCACGCAUCGGUGACUUUGGUUUGACGCGCCAGGGCGCGGUCCAGGAUUCGGCCAUGGUUGUAUCGCGGGUUUACGGCACAAGGCCGUACAUUCCGAAGGAGUUUUACGAUCGGCGCGAACUCAGCACCAAAGUGGACACGUACAGUUUCGGUGUGGUGCUGUACGAGAUUGGCACCGGGUUGCGGGCCUGGGAUGACCGGCGUACGGACAAGCAUUUGAAGGACUACAUUGCCAGAGCCGUGCACGAGUCGGUGCACGUGUCGGAGUUGAUGGACAAAGCGCUUCCGAUGGAUGCGGACGGGUUGCAUUGCUGUUACAACCUGCUUAUGGUGGGCCAUCUAUGCACGGCCGACGAUCCGAAGCAACGACCCGACAUGGUGGCCGUUAUGUGGCACCUGGAUAAGGCGUAAGACGCCCACUGGAGCCUAUACAUACAAAACACUCAAAAACAGAGUGCCUUUAAUCGUGCACAUACUCGCAUCCUUAGUGAUGCCACUUCGGACCUAGGGUUCGCGUUGUUACAGUUACUUGAUAUUUUGCUUAGCAUUUACCCUUCUUUGGAGUGGGGGAUUUUUUUUUAAUAAAAUAACUUUUCGGAUAAACUCUCGGUGGACUCGUUUUUUUGUUUUGUUUUCGUACACAAUCCGAAACAACACGUGGGGCGUAUUAUUUUAAAUAUUUUUUUUUAUUUUGUUGUUUUUCCAAUAUUUUAUCGUCAGUGUGAUAAUCAUAUUUACCAUAUUAGAUAAGUUACUACUACAGGUUCUGUUUGUUUGUCUGUACGUGUGUGUAUGUGUGUAUUUGUCUUCCUUAAA